AGUCAUUUCAGCAACAGAGUCACAGACAUUUCUAAAUUAAGAUGGAACUGUGCCUUGGGAUCUCAGAGCUGGCAUAAACAUUUUGCAGCAGUGAGUGGACUAUCGUUAAAUAGAUUAUUUUCCGUUGGGCAGCCAUCUCCUUCCACCAAGAGACCUCUAAAAUCUUCCAGGACCAAACAACCAUCCAGAUCUAACCUGCCACUACUGUCGGAGACUGAGGAUGUGAUGCAGUGUGUGGCCUUUGCCACAGCGGAUGAGUUUCAUUUGGGUACCCUGUGCCAUGACCUCGUAUCAAAUGGGUACUUUGAACUGCCAAGCUUACCUCGAGAUGCAUCCAACGUAUUGCUGGUGGGAGUGACAAACACUUCUAAAGAGCAUGAUUCCGGAGUGAUAUAUUUCUUCAGGGAAGGAGCAGUUGUUUUCUGGAAUGUUGACGAAAAAAACAUGAAAGACGUUAUGAAAAUUCUGGAGCGUCAUGAAAUUCAGCCUUAUGAAGUUGCCCUGGUACACUGGGAAAAUGAGGAGAUAAACUACAGCUUCCGAGAGGGACACUCCAAGCUUGUGAAAGGGGAAAUUGUGUUGAAUUCCCAGCUGGAAAAAGAUGAGAUCAUUCUAGAGAAAUUUGCCUUUUCUAAUGCACUUUGCCUCUCUGUGAAGCUGGCCAUGUGGGAGUCUACCCUUGACACAUUUGUAGAGUCUAUCCAAUCAAUUCCAGAGAUGCUGAAAGCUAGAAAAAAAAUCAAACUGUCUCAUGGUGAUGUCAUGCAGAAAAUUGGAGAGUUAUUUGCACUAAGACAUCGUAUUAAUCUAAGCUCGGACCUUCUCCUCACUCCGGACUUUUACUGGGACAGAGAAAACCUAGAACACCUCUAUGAUAAAACAUGUCAGUUUCUCAGCAUAAACCGCAGGGUGAAGGUGAUUAAUGAAAAACUUCAACACUGUACAGAACUUACUGAUCUGAUGCGUAAUCAUCUGAAUGAGAAGCAUGCUCUGAGGUUGGAAUGGAUGAUUGUCAUACUAAUUACAAUUGAGGUCCUGUUUGAACUCGGGAGGGUUAUUUUCUGAGAUCUUCAGUUGGGACUCUCAUCAUAACCCCAGAAAACACCAUAAAGGGC